CCCGCCGCUGCUCAUCUUCUUCUUGUCUCCCCUUUAAGGGCCGCUGCCCACCCCCCCCUCCAGUUUCAUCGUCUCUUUCUCCGCAUUGAUUUCUGCUGGUUCUCCUCCAUCUCUCACCACUCCGCGUCGUCUUCCCCCAAAUACCAGCAAUCAAUCAUCAUGGGCGUCGCGUCCUUCUUCCAGAGGCGAAGCCUCAAGGUCGACAAUGCUCGCGCCACAAAAGCCGCUGAGCUCACUUUGCGCCAAUCGAUUCUCCCCAUCUGCCUCGUCACCUCGCUCUUCUUCCUCUGGGGCUUCUCCUACGGCCUUCUCGAUACCCUCAACCGUCAUUUCCAAACAAUUCUCGGCAUUGACCCUGCGAGAUCCGCUGGUCUACAGGCUGCCUACUUUGGUGCCUACCCAAUUGCCUCCCUCGGACACGCUGCCUGGAUCCUACGCCACUACGGCUACCGCGCCGUCUUCAUCUGGGGUCUCUCGCUCUACGGCAUCGGCGCCCUGCUUGCCAUUGCCGCCAUCAAGACCAAGUCCUUUGGCGGCUUCUGCGCUUGCAUCUUCAUCAUUGGUAACGGUCUAGGAUCCCUCGAAACCGCCGCCAACCCGUACAUUACUGUCUGUGGCCCUCCAAAGUACGCCGAGCUCCGCAUCAACCUGUCUCAGGCCUUCAACGGCAUUGGCACCGUCAUUGCGCCCGUCCUCGGCUCCUACGUCUUCUUCACCUUUAGCGACGAGCGCGCCAUCGACAAUGUCCAAUGGGUCUACCUCGCCAUUGCCAUCUUCGUGCUCCUCCUCGCCACCGUCUUCUACUUUGCCGACAUCCCCGAAAUCACAGACGAGGAUAUGGAGUUCCAGGUCCAAGAAUCCAGCGCCGACAUCGAUGCCAACAAGCCCUGGUUCAAGCGCUUCUUCAACCUCAUUCACGCCUUUGCCGCGCAAUUCUGCUACACGGGCGCCCAGAUUGCCAUUGCUAGCUCCUUCAUCAACUACGCCCACGCCACCCGCGAAAACACCGACGACGCUCUCGCCGCCAAGUUCUUUGCUGGUGCUCAGGCCGCCUUUGCCAUUGGCCGUUUCGUCGGCUCUGGUCUCAUGAAAUACGUGCGCCCGAGAAUCAUCUUCCUCGUCUUCAUCACCUGCGCCAUCAUCUUUACCGGCCCGGCUAUCACCCACGGCGGCAACAUUGGCGUGUCCAUGCUCUUUGUUGUGCUCUUCUUCGAGUCCAUUUGCUUCCCUACCAUUGUUGCCCUCGGCAUGCGCGGUCUUGGUCGUCACACCAAGCGCGGCAGUGGCCUCAUCAUUGCUGGUGUCUCUGGCGGUGCCGCUGUCCCCGCCCUCACUCUUGCUGUUGGCAAGGACAACAAUGACUUUGGCCUUGCCAUGGUUGUUCCUCUCAUGUUCUUCGUUGUUGCAUUUUCCUACGCUGUCUGUGUCAACUUUGUCCCUGCUUAUAAGAACGUUGUUGACGGUUCUGCCGAUACUACUAUUGGGCUCAAGAGAGGUGGCGAGGAGGGUAACACGGAGAAGAAGAGCGGAGAGGCUGGUGUUAGCACUACGGCGUAAAGCCUUGCGUGAGUUUGAGGGAUGUUGAUUUUAUAGUAUAUACCUGGAGUUUCUGUCUGCGUUACAACCGUUUAUACCUGCAUUCAAUGCUUGAUGCUGCUAAUGCUUCGUUUUUUUGUAGUAAUUGAUCACAUGUUGUUUCGUCAAAUAAAUAGCUAUAGUGUUUACAUACGUGCUAUAUCGUUCGUCAUGCCCAGUCACAUUUUAUAACUGUACUUAAAAAUAGAACAAAAAAGACAGAAAUGCACACCCAAGAAACGCCAUGAAAAAAACAUGCCAACUUUUUUUUAUGUGCCGUUGCUUCUUCUGCCACCGCGCGAGGCUCUGUCGACGUGUCGACGCAGAACCUUUUGCGUCUCCACCAAACUUCUCUUGUGCUUGCUCUUUGCCUUGCCCAUGGUCAUGAAGAUGUUCUUCUUGCGGGCCUUUUCUCUGUUGCUGGUACUCUUGCCAGAAGCCUCCUUCUGGGCUUUGCGGAUGGCCUGCGUACUCUUAUGUUCCUCGCGGUUAGGCUUGCCCUCGCGAGCAAGCUCAACUCUCUCCUCCUUGGUCAGCUUACGAAGACGAGCAGGAGCUUCAAUGUUUUCGGCCGUGAGUCCGUCAUCGAUGUGGCGAUCCUCUUCAGCAUGCUUGGACUUCUUGCGGUUGCCACCCAUGACUUUGUCGACAGCCGCAGCAGUGCGCAACUCCUGAAGCUUGGCGAGAUCUGCAGGCGUAAGAAUAGUAGUGGUGGCGAGCUUGGAGAUGCGCUCAAGCUCAGCCUCAGCUUCAGCUUUCUUAGCAGCGGCGGCUUCACUAUCCACUUCCUUCUCAUCAUCAUCGUCUGUCUUCUGCUUCUUCAGAGUGGGAGCUUCGCCCUCAUCCUCGCUGACAUCAAUCCAACCGCCAGAGUCACUGCUGUCAUCCGAAGCAACUUCCCACUCGUCAGAAUCGGCUUCGUUGUUUUCAUCAUCUUCGUCGCUCGAUCCGUCUUCGGGGAGUCCAAGCUCGGCGCGCUUGCGUCUGCGCUGCUCAUCCUUCCACUUGGCCAAGAGGUCAAGACCUUCAAUCUCGCCGACCUCCUCCUCACCGUAUUUGCGCUGCUUCAUGAUGCCGGUGUUGAGGCCGAUGGUGGCCUGCUUACCACGGUCACGCUUCUUGAGCAUUUCAGCUCCAACCUCACGGUAGAGCGAGAGAAGACCCUUGGCUGCCAUCAUGACACCCUUGUCUUUACUCUUUCUGUACUGGACCAAAUCUUGGAGCAGGGAGUCCGUCAUGGCAAGCGGCUGUCGGGCGCAAAUUUCUCGUAUGGCGUUCAAACCGGCGGCGGCUACCUCGGCGGCAGAUGCUUCUGAAAUGAACUCGUUUGCGAUCUUCUGGAUCAGCGGCUCAAGAACAUCGGGGGGAACCAAGUUGUGGGUACCCUGAGCAAGAGAAGCGAGGAAAGACGUCACGGAUUGCUGGCGGGGAGUAAGGUACUUGAUGAACCAAGAGUAGAGCUGGACAACAGUCAACUUGUGGAGACCAAUCAGACGGGUAACCAGUUGCAAGACCAGCAGCUUGGAUUCAAGCGCGAGCUUGGCCUUUGUGUUUGCCAGAUGCUUAGAGUACAACUGUUCGGCAAAGCCUUGGGGGUCGUGGAGCAGGUGCAGCGCCGAAAAGUUGAGAGGAUGGGGCUUGUUCUUCUUGGCCUGUUGUCGCUUGACCUUGUCGAGGGCCUUGGCGUAGGUGUUCUUUUGCUUCUUGCUCUUCUUGUUGAUGCUGGCCUGGUGCUUGAUCUUGCUCAAGUCGACUUCUUCGUCACUGCUCUCGUCUUCAAGCUCCUCGCGCUCCUUGUCACCACCCAGGAAGAAGCGCACACCACCAAUGACGACCUUUUCGUUGUCAGACAAGCAAGUCUCCUUCAUAACAUCUACAGGCUUAGCGUCGGUCCAAAUCUGUCGCUUCCAAAGCUCGCGAGUGAUUUUGAUGGCCCAGAUGGCUCGCGAAGAUGCGCGGUCAGCCGUAACCAAGUUGUAGAGGACGGUCUGGACGGUUCGGUUGAGAGGAUGGUUGGCAGCCUUGGAGUUGGAGUUGCGCAAAUCGCUGAGAAUCUUGCCAAAGAGGAGGGCGCGCAGAGAUUUGCUGGGAGAGGAGACGAGGAUGGGGAAAAGCGUAGUCAGGACGGCGGUAGAGUCGAUGACAUCCUUGCGGCGAAGCAGCAGUAGACUUCCAACAAUCUUGUCGCGCAGCUCGGGGUGCAGAAUAGUAUGAUGCUGGGUCAGGAUGUUUUGCAGAUCUUCGGGGAAAGACUGUGUCUCUUCGGGGUAGCAGUCGGCAAUAUGGGCAAUCAAAUCAACCAUGUUGUGGAAGGACUCGAUCGAAUCGGCGUUGGCAUUGUUGGGGGAGGAGAGAAAGAUUUCUCUCUGCGCCUCGUACUGUUCCCAUUGCUUGAGGAAUUCAUCCUUGUAGGACCUGUGGGAAUUAUUAGUAUAUAUUAUCUGGUGGAAUGGGCUUCGACAAAGUUGAGAGAGCGUACUUGGGGUCCCGGCGGAUCUUGU